CGAUGCGGAGGGGGAUGAGCGGCUGUACUGUCAAUUGUGACGUAUUUUUUUCACAUGGUAUCCCCCAUCCUCUUGUUCAUGCCCCCCUGCCGAAGGCUCGCCUGCAAGCUGGCUUCAGUUUGUGGGCGCUGGUCGUAGCACUUCUAGGUCUAAUGGCACAUCCCGUGAAUGCUCUUCUCAGCCAAGGCAAGAGAGCAGAAGGCCCAUCAGGGCUUCGAGGCCAUCAAGGUUGAGCGACUCAAAGCUGCCAUCCAAGACUGUGGGGCCCAGAAGCAGUGGAACGCGGCGCUGAAGCUUCUCCGAGGCGCACCUUCGUCGCGCACCAAAACAUGUACAGUCCUGUACAAUGUGGCCAUCUCUGCAUGCGGGGGAGGCGCGCAGUGGCAGCACGCGCUGGCGUUGAUCGGAGAGGUUGGCGACAGGAAGCUGGAGCCGGACGUCGUCACUUUCAACGCCGGCGUCGCCGCGUGCGACAGGGGCGGGGAGUGGCGGCGCGCGCUGCUGCUGCUGAGGGAGGCGCGGGACUCGGGCGUGGAGCCCGACGUUAUCACCUACAACGCCUUGAUCAGCGCCUGCGGCAGAGGCGGGGAGUGGCAGCAGGCGCUCGCGGUGCUCGACGGGGCGGAGGAGGCGAUGCUGGCGCCCAACGUCACUGCACCCCUACAACGCUGGAAUCAGCGCGUGCGAGAAGGGUGGGCAGUGGCAGCGAGCAUCGCUGCUGCUCGACAGGCUUCGGGGAGCCAAGCUGAAGCCCGCGGUCGCCAGCUAUGGUGCUGCGAUCAGUGCGUGCGAGAAGGGCGCGCAAUGGGGGUAUGCGCUGUCGUUGCUCCGCGAGCUGCUGGAGGCAGCACUGGUUCCCAAUGCCAUCGCCUGCGGCGCCACUGUCAGCGCCUGCGGAAGGGGCGGUCAGUGGAAGCGGGCCAUAUCACUGAUCAGCGAGCUUGGGGACGCGGGCGUGGAGCCAGAUAUUGUUUGCUACAAUGCUGGAAUCAGCGCGUGCGAGAUGAGCGGGCAGUGGGAGCAUGCGCUGUUGCUAAUCAGUGUGGCGGAUAAUGCAAAGCUGGAGCUGGACGUCAUCUGCUACAGCGCUGGAGUCAGCGCGUGCGCGAAAGGUGAGCAGUGGCAACAGGCGUUGAGCUUGCUUAGUGGGAUGUUUGAACUCCAUCUAGAGAUGGAUAAUGAUAUAGCCUUUAAUGCUGGCAUCAGUGCGUGCGAGAAAGGUGGGCAGUGGCAGCACGCGUUGUCGUUGCUCCGCGGGAUCGUGCAGCGUCGGCUGGAGCCGACCAUUGUCGCCCCUGCAACCUCCAUCAUCUUUGCUCCUCGUCCCUUCCGAGCCCUCCUCACUCCUCAUUUCUGUUCAUUC